AUGAGUACCACUGCCGCCGAGGGCCAACAUGGCAUAGGCAACCUCGCGAUCCUGACCAAGGUCGACAAGCUCCGAGAGCUCAUCGGCACCCGAGUCGCCCUUCCUCAGCUCGUCGUCAUUGGAGACCAGUCUUCGGGCAAGAGUUCGGUGCUCGAGGGACUGACGGGCUUCGCCUUGCCUCGCAAUGCAGAGCUCUGCACACGCUAUGCCACCUAA